AUGUGGUCCCUACCAGCUGCCCUCUCCCUGCUCAUGCUGCUCCUGCUCCUGCUCCAGGCCCCUCCUUGCAGGCUACAGUCACUGGGCACCACGAAGCUACGGCUGGUGGGCCCAGGGAGCAGGCCAGAGGAGGGCCGCCUGGAGGUGCUGUACCAGGGCCAGUGGGGCACUGUGUGUGACGAUGACUUCGCUCUCCAGGAGGCCACGGUGGCCUGCCGCCAACUGGGCUUUGAAACAGCCUUGACCUGGGCCCACAGUGCCAAGUAUGGCCAAGGGGAGGGACCCAUCUGGCUGGACAAUGUGCGCUGUAUGGGCACAGAGAGCUCCCUGGACCAGUGCAUGUCCAAUGGCUGGGGUGUCAGUGACUGCAGUCACUCGGAGGACAUUGGGGUGGUGUGUCACCCCCAGCGCCAGCGUGGCUAUCUUUCUGAGAGGGUCUCCAAUGCCCUUGGACCCCAGGGCCGGCGGCUGGAGGAGGUGCGGCUCAAGCCCAUUCUCGCCAGCACCAAGCGGCAUAGCCUGGUGACCGAGGGAGCAGUGGAGGUGAGGUACGAGGGACAUUGGCGGCAGGUGUGUGACCAGGGCUGGACCAGGAACAACAGCAAGGUGGUGUGUGGGAUGCUGGGCUUCCCCAGCGAGGCACCUGUCAACAGUCACUACUACAGGAAAGUCUGGAAUUUGAAGAUGAAGGACCCCAAGUCUAGGCUGAAGAGCCUGACACAGAAGAAUUCCUUCUGGAUCCACCAGGUCAACUGCCUGGGGACAGAGCCCCACAUGGCCAACUGCCAGGUGCAGGUGGCUCCAGCACGGGGCAAGCUGCGGCCAGCCUGCCCGGGUGGCAUGCACGCUGUGGUCAGCUGUGUGGCAGGGCCCCACUUCCGCCCUGCGAAGGCAAAGCCUGGGCGCAAGGAAUCCUGGGCAGAGCAGGAGCCGAAGGUGCGCCUCCGCUCUGGGGCCCAGGUGGGUGAAGGCCGGGUGGAGGUGCUCAGGAACCACCAGUGGGGUACCGUCUGUGACCAUGGAUGGAACCUCAUCUCCGCCAGCAUUGUGUGUCGUCAACUUGGCUUUGGCUCUGCUCGGGAGGCCCUCUUUGGGGCGCAGCUGGGCCAAGGACUGGGGCCCAUCCACCUGAGUGAGGUGCGCUGCAGGGGGUAUGAGCGGACCCUCACUGACUGCCCCUCCCUGGAAGGGUCCCAGAAUGGUUGUCAACAUGAGAAUGAUGCCGCCGUCAGGUGCAACGUCCCUAACAUGGGCUUCCAGAAUCAGGUGCGCCUGGCCGGUGGGCGCAGCCCUGAGGAGGGUGUGGUGGAGGUGCAGGUAGAGGUGAAUGGAGUCCAGCGCUGGGGGGCCGUGUGCAGCGAUCACUGGGGGCUCAGCGAAGCCAUGGUGGCCUGCCGACAGCUCGGCCUGGGUUUUGCCAGCCACGCGAUCAAGGACACCUGGUACUGGCAGGGGACGCCGGGGGCCGGAGAGGUGGUGAUGAGCGGCGUGCGCUGCUCAGGCACAGAGCUUGCCCUGCAGCAGUGCUCGCGGCACGGGCCGGUGCACUGCUCCCACGGCGCGGGGCGCUUCUCGGCCGGAGUUUCCUGCACAGACAGUGCUCCGGACCUUGUGAUGAAUGCCCAGCUGGUGCAGGAGACGGCUUACUUGGAGGACCGCCCGCUCAGCCAGCUGUACUGUGCCCACGAAGAGAACUGCCUGUCCCAGUCGGCCGACCUCAUGGACUGGCCCUACGGGCACCGGCGCCUCUUGCGCUUCUCCUCACAGAUCUACAACCUGGGCCGGGCUGACUUCCGUCCCAAGACAGGCCGCCACAGCUGGAUUUGGCACCAGUGCCACAGGCACUACCACAGCAUUGAGGUCUUCACCCACUAUGACCUACUCACUCUCAAUGGCUCCAAGGUGGCUGAGGGGCACAAGGCCAGCUUCUGCCUGGAGGACACAAAUUGCCCCACAGGACUACAGAAGCGCUAUGCGUGUGCCAACUUUGGGGAGCAGGGAGUGACUGUCGGCUGCUGGGACACCUACCGGCAUGACAUUGAUUGCCAGUGGGUGGACAUCACAGAUGUGGGCCCUGGGAAUUAUAUCUUCCAGGUGGUUGUGAACCCCAAAUACGAGGUGGCAGAGUCUGAUUUCUCUAACAACGUGAUGCGGUGCCGCUGCAAGUAUGACGGGCACCGGGUCUGGCUGCACAACUGCCACACAGGAGAUUCUUACCGAGCUAAUGCAGAGCUCUCCCUGGAGCAGGAGCAGCGUCUCAGGAACAACCUCAUUUGA